AUGUACACUUCGAAGCAGAAUCUGCCCCAUGAAGAACGGACGGCUAGUGAGCCUCGGGGUUCCGAUCUGCAUACCGUGAAAAUCCGGUCGGUAAAGCAAGUAAAUCAAGAUAUACGCGUGUUCAAGUUGGGGAUUGAGAGCGGUCCCGGAAUCCAGUUCCGCCCUGGGCAAUGGCUGGACGUUCAUGUCCCAUCUGUCCCGAAAGCUGGCGGCUUCACCAUCACCUCACCCCCUGAAGCGGCCCUACCACCCGAGGAUAACGACCAUGCCGGUCCGUACCUGGAGCUUGCCAUCCAGUAUUCGUCAGAGAAUCCUCCUGUAGACUGGCUGUGGCAGCCGCCCGAUAUCCUCAUGCAUCAGAACUUGAACGUUCGCGUUGGUGGAAGCUUCGUAUGGCCGCCGGCUGAGAUUCCUCCAGAAACGAUUGAAGGCGCGAUUUUCGUCGCUGGCGGUGUUGGUAUCAAUCCGCUCAUCUCCAUGCUCACCCACCUCUCCAUAUCCGGCCCGUUCCCUCGAAAAGUCCACAUUAUCUACAGCACCAAAUGUGAGCCCCUUAUCUCUCCACCGGAGAUCCUCUUCCUCCCGCGCCUCAUCGCGCUUGCAGACCGCCAUCCGUCCGAUCUCUACCUCCAGCUGCAUGUCACCAGCAUCGAGCGCGCUAAGUCAUCCGUCGAAAAGUUGUGGGCGUGUGAUCAUCUUCGAUUACAGUUCGGUCGAGUGAAGCGGGUGGCGAUUGCGAACGUGGUGGAAGGUUGGAGAAGGGAGGAGGUGAGCCCGAAGCGCUCGGUCGGUUAUGUGUGUGGGCCACCAGCGAUGACGGAUAAAAUGGUUAAAUGUUUGAAAGACAUGGGAUUACCAAAAGAACGGGUGUUCUGUGAGAAGUGGUGGUGA